AUGGCUGUUUGGGAAGCGGGUAGUGCUACUAAUCUACAGCUCAUGUGUUGCCCUUUAUGCAAAUAUGAUCGUGACUCUAGAGAUCACCUUUUCUUCCAAUGCUCCUAUGCUUCAGAGGUUUGGGGAUUGGUAAGAAAUAUGGUUGACAUGGUAGGUGUAACGGAUACAUGGAACUCGGUUAUGCAGUGGAUGGAGCUAAAUGCUAAUAAUCGAACUCUGGAUCAUAUUGUUUGCAAUAUUCUGGUAGCGGCUUCCACGUACUUUAUUUGGCAGGAAAGGAACAACCGAUUGUCUUCUCAAGACCAGCGGAAUGCUAGUGUGCUCUCAAAGGUUAUUAUAGAUACAGUGCGUCUCAGAAUUAUGGGAUUCAAGAUUGGUAGAGACCCGAAGCAUAAGAAGAUAUUAGACAGAUGGCUGAUCUCGAAGCAGAGUAUGGAGAUUGAACCAGGCUAA